AUGGACGCAUCCCCGCCCAGCACGGCUCAGCCGGCCCAGCCCGAAGCAGACGAAGCGCCAAAGCCCUUGCUCUGUCAGAGCUACAUUUGCUCCAUCAACAACAUUGUGGACGUCAUCGCUACCUCGCCCGCCGCCCAUUUCGCCAGCCGUGGUAUUUCGAGCGCCUUUGUGUGGUGCUGGCUCCUGCGGGUCGGCGGCUCAGGGGCGGGGGUACUCUCCACUCGGCGGGGAGGCAGCGAUCAUAGCCACCUGGACCGCAUGGCCGGGUCUCUGCGCACCCUCCGCAUGGUGCGCCUCGCGCGCAUGGUGCGGCUCUUGCGGGUGCUGCGGCUCGCCAAGGUGGCGCGCCACUCUGAGGUGAUCUCCAUCGUCUUGGAGAGCCUCUUCGAGUCCCUGACCGGCAUCUUCGUGCUGAUCUCCUUCGUGAGCAUGUGGGCUUUGGUCAGCGCCACGGUGGUCUACGCCGCUGAGAGCGAUGUGGAGGAUACGAUGUUCGAGUCCAUCCCUGCUGCGUUGUGGUGGUCCAUGGCCACCAUCUCCACGGUGGGCUACGGAGAUAUGGUUCCUCAAACUGCGAUCGGGAAGCUGGUCGGGGGGGCCUCGAUGCUCGGGGGCAUCCUCAUCACCGCCAUCUCGGUGGCCGUGAUCACCACCUCCUUCACGGAGCACUACCAGCACCGCUGCCAACGCGCGGAGGUGGCCAGGCUGAAGCACAUGGCACAGAAAGCUCAAGCCAUGGCCGAGAGAUCUGCAGGUGAGCAGGAGCCACAGAUUCACCCGAGUGACAGGAGCAACACGCAGGACAUUGUGGCGGCCUGGGAGCAGCUGGAGCAGGAGGUCCAGAACCACUUGCUGCGGGUGGAGGCUGAGCUCAUCGACCGGCCCCUGCGCCAGAGGACAGUGGACUUCUCCUCGAACAUGGCGCUCCAAUGCCUGCAGGUCCGCCGCAGCCUUUGCCUCCAGACAUCGCACAAUUGCCGGAGCCGGCAUUGCCUGGGGCGGUGCGACUGGGCUGAGCAGUACCCUUUUGAGUUUACGGCCAGGCAAGAGUGGGCGCUGGAGGAGUUGGAGAAAGUCAUCGCUGCCACUCACCGCAAAGUUCUGCUUCGCCCGGAGGGCGGCCUCUGCCGAGAGUGGCUGGACCUGCGGUCGAAUCGCUGCGAGCAGCGGCUGCAAGACUUGCUCCAACUGCUCCGCAGCUUUUCGCACGAGACCUUUGCCACGUUAAACGAAGCGCCCAUGGAGCAUAUUCUCGAGCUCUUCCAGUGCAUUGACUCCGACCUCCGGGAGUACCAGUUUCGAAUUCGGGAGCUGGUCCAGGUCUACGGCAUGCCCUUGACUUGCCAUCAUCCCAUCACCAACCACCGGCCUUUGGAUUUCGCCAUUCUUCAGGGCCGCGCUAGCAGCGUCCGCACGCUGCUUGCGCUGCACGCAACGCUGCAAGCGGCAGACAACGGCCCUGCGCUCUUUGUAGCUGCGGUGCAGUGGGGGAUGGAGGAGGUGCAAGAGCAGCUGCUGCGUUGGGCAAAGAGCCAAGAUGCGCGGAACGAGCUCUUUGGUGCGGCGCAAAAAGGGGAUGCCUUGCGCUGCAGUCAGCUGGUGCAGAUGAAGGUGGAUCCCAGUUGCAGAGACGAGCCCACCGGCUUGAGCGUGCUGGAAUGGGCCUUGCCAUUUGCGGCUCUGGAGGUGCUGCUGCCCUGGGCGGACGGCAGCGCCAAGAGCUCCGCGCUCUUCAGCGCCGCGAGAGCCGGGCUCACGGCGCCCUUGGCUUUGCUGAUCGCCGCCCACGCCGAUGUCGCCGCCCGCGAUGCGGAGGGCUGGACGGCGCUGGACUGGGCCACUGCCUCGGGCCACGAGGACUUCGCCCUGGAGUUGCUGCACCUCGGCGGCCCGCUGCUGGCGCAGAGCUGCAAGCGCUCCGUGCCGGCGCUGGCACGGGUGGCGCGCAAUCGGCAUCUCUGGCAGCUCGCCGGUUUGUUGGAGUACGAGCCGCUGAUCCGAGCGCAGGAGGAGUUCUGCCAGAUCCUAACGGACCCCAGGACGCAGCUCACAGAUCUCUUGGUCCGGGGACACCUCCAGCUCAACACGCCCAUCGGCGGUGAGACGCCCUUGGAGUGUUGCCUCCGCUUCCAGCGCCCGGAUCUGGCGCUGCAGUUGCUGCGCUGGCAGGCGGAUGUGGCGCAGGUGCCCGGAGGUGCAGCGCGCGUGCUGGACAUCUCACGGUGCUUGCCCUUCUCGGAGCCCUGUCGAGAGUUGCAGUUUCUCCUUACUUCGCACCUGGAUCAAGCCGAACGUGCGCGUCCGCCGCCGCCGCCGAAAGUGUGGUGA